AUGGUUGUCGAUACUCCAGCUAAUGAGUUGGUGACUAUUUCCCUUGUAUGUCUGAAGUGUCCUAUGUUGAUGUUCGAUAGAGACUUUGCUGUGGAUCUAGUUUGUUUACCAUUGAGUGAUUUGGAUGUGAUUUUGGGUAUGAACUGGUUAGAAUGCAACUAUGUUCAUAUUAAUUGUUGUAACAAAUAUGUGCGGUUUUCUACUCCUGACGAGGAGAGGGAAACUGAGUUAUUAUCUGCUAGGCAGUUGAAUGAGUUGAUGAAAGAUGAAGCUCAGGUGUUCGCAUUGAUCGCCUCUUUGUCCAUUGAGAAUCAGGUUACUAUUGAUGAAUUACUAGUAGUGCGAGAAUUUUCCGAAAUUUUUCUAGAUGAUAUUCCAUAUGUACCGCUAGAAAGAGAAGUGGAAUUUACUAUUAAUCUUGUUCCUGGUAUCAGACCUGUUUCUAAGGCACCAUACAGGAUGUCAGCAUCUUAA